AUGAGAAGUGAUGGUUCACCAACAUUAGAAACAGAUGAAAAAAUCGAACAAUCAAUUGAAGAAUUUGGAAAUGAAGAAAAACCUAUUAGUACUCCGUUACAUCAAGAACAAGAAUGUAAUUGUUAUACUGAUACAACAACCUCAGUUUUUGAAUUUUCAUUUUAA